AUGUCGGCCUCAGAUCAUCUCAACAUUACCGCCGGCCAGCGUAUGAUCUCUGCCACUGUCGGAAGUGUCCUUACCUCGCUGCUGGUCACACCCUUGGAUGUUGUCCGUGUCAGAUUACAGUCUCAAUCGCCUCCCACACCACAUAACCUUUCUCGCUUCGCGGCAUACUCUACCAACUUUAAACACCUGCCACCAGAUCUAGGCAUCAACUCCUGCUGUCGAGAAGUGUUCUUUAUGGGGAGUAAUGGAGAAUUCUGUAUAGCCGGUCAUGGAAAUGGACACUCGUCCCAGGCCAUUGCAGCCGAUUGUGCUGUGGAGGAGACACAGAAGAGAACAUUUAACUCGACACUGGAUGGAAUAAGAAAGAUCGCGAGGAAUGAAGGUACAUUAACAUUAUGGCGUGGGCUUAGCCCAACUCUCGUGAUGGCCAUUCCUGCCAACGUCAUCUACUUCACGGGGUAUGACUGGCUUCGUUAUAGCCAUGUCAGUCCGGUAAGACGUGUGUCCAACGAUACCUAUGCGCCUCUGGUAGCAGGUGCGAUUGCCCGAGUGGCGGCAGCAUUUGCUAUAUCACCAAUUGAAAUGUUCCGGACACGAAUGCAGGCCACUCAGGGAGUUUCGACCGGCAUUUACAGAGAGACAUUCUAUGGACUGCGACGAAUGACACAAACACAAGGAUAUACAUCACUCUGGCGUGGGCUAACCUUGACCAUGUGGCGAGAUGUUCCCUUUUCAGGAUUUUACUGGUGGGGCUAUGAGGCACUACGCAACUCUUUGACCGAUGCGAGGGCAGCUUCUAGGGGGCAAGAACUUGAUCCCGAUCGGUCUCUGACAAGCGGAAGACAACUUCAGAAGGAUGAAUCGCACACAGCCACCUUUGUGGAUAGUUUUUUCGCCGGCGCGGUGUCAGGGGCUGUGGCAGCAUUCAUCACAACUCCCUUUGAUGUUGGUAAGACCCGUCAACAAGUCUACCAUCAUGCCGGUGAUGAUGCAGGCUCAAUAGCUGCAGCCCGAGAAGCCGUCAAGAACGGGAAGGUCAUUCCCGAGGAAUUGUCCAUGCCACGAUUCCUGAUGCACAUACUCCGAGAAGAAGGGUUGGGUGGAUUGUUCAAAGGAUGGGCCGCCCGAUGUUUGAAGGUAGCACCUGCGUGUGCUAUCAUGAUCAGCAGCUACGAAGUUGGCAAGAAAUGGGCCAAGAGCCAAAACGAAAAGAAGGCCGACAAGGAACAGGAGUGA